GGGAUUUUAACAGAAAGAGAUAGCUAAUCUGACAAAUUAUUUAAUUAGGCAAUGAUUUCGGUUGUGCCUUCUCUUGUAAAGUACGAGACCCCUGUUCUUCUUCCGAGGAUUCAAGAAGGUGGAUCGACCUCCACGAAAAAGAAAUCUAAGAAGGAUGCAGUGGGGGCGGAAAACGACAAGACCGCACCGCGGCCGGAGGAUGUCCUCUACAGCAUCAUCCCACCGAGAGAGUUUGAGCAGGAUGGGCAACGUUGGGUGCAAUACCCUUCCAGCACCCCUGCCACACGUCUGGACGUGAUUAAUCUGCAAGAAAAACUCGAUGAGCUGCUCCUGCAGCGUCAGGCGCGAGAAACAGGAAUCUGCCCUAUUCGAGAGGAGCUCUACAGUCAAGCGUUUGAUGAAAUUAUCCGGCAGGUUACGAUUAACUGUGCGGAGCGAGGGCUGCUGCUUCUGCGCGUACGCGAUGAGAUUCGAAUGACGCUCGACGCCUACCGCUCAAUCUACGAGAGCAGCACGGCCUUUGGUAUGCGUAAGGCCCUACACGCCGAGCAAAAUCGUGUGAAGUUGGAGGCGCAGGUUUUUGCGUUAGAGAGGGAAAAAGAGGCACUGCAGCACCAAGUUCAUGAGCUAGAGGAAGAGUGCAAACAAAUGGAAGAUGCCGAAGUACGGCGCCGUGAGGCGGUAGAGCAGAAACACGCCGAAGAAAUCAACUACUUCCGACGGACUUACCAAACGCUCACAGCAAACAUGCAGACAGUGGUAAACCCUACAAAGACAUAGUCUGUAAUGGACAUUGAGAGCCUGUAACGAUGAACCUCGAGGGCAUUUCUUUAUUCAAGCACUACGGUAAUUUCCCUCCAAUAGUUACUCUUUUUGUCCGUGUUCUUUUCCUUUCCCAUUGGAUGAAAGGUUUCUCUUAUGAGUUUAACUUCUUCCAUGGAAUGAUUGAGAAUACCAUGCACGUAGCCUGAGCUUGGUUCUUGAUUCUUCCCUUACAACAUCGCAACCUUUAUGUAUAAAUAACUCCACCGUGUUCGAUUUCUUUAUACCAUACUUGUA